AUGUAUAUAAACUAUGAGAAUUUAUUACCAAAAUUAUAAGGAUAAGCAUUUGGUAUUGAUAUUGAAUUUAGUAAAAAAAAAAUUUUUUUAAUUUAAAUAUCUGAUGGAAAUUAAAUAUAUUUGUUCGAUCCAAUAGCAUUAAAUUUAGAGUAAUACUUGAGAGAUUUUUUUUAAAAUGAUGCUAUCAAAAUAUUUUAUAGUUGUGCUCAAGAUUUGAAAUGGUUGAUAAAAUAAUAUAAAAUAAUAGUGAAUAACUAUUGUGAUUUAUAAGUGUUAGCUUAAAAAGAACCAGAUUAAAGUUUAAUUGCAUUAUGGAAAAAGUAUUGUGGAGUCUAAUUUGAAAGAUAUGUAAAAAAAAGAUUAUAAAGAAGUGAUUGGCUUGCAAGACCAUUAGCUGAAGAAUAAUUAUAUUAGUUGACUUAAAUUAAAGAUAAGUUGAAAAAACAAUCAAAGAAUUUACAUGGAGAGACUGUUGUUAAGAAAUUAGAUACAGAUGAGAAAAUUAAAGAAUUUAUAAUGAUUUUCAGAAAACAUUUCUUAUUAUCUAUGAAUCCUUAAUUUUUACCUAAGGAAUGGGCUAUUGAUCAUCAAUUUAUAAGAAACUUUGGAGAAUUUUCCUGUGUAUUAUUAGAAGUUAGAAUAAAAUGA